AUGAGUUUUGUUAAUAAGAGAAAGAGAGACGCCUCAGAGCCUGAGUCUAAGAAGACAAAGGCACUCAUUGGAGAGAAAGAAAAGGAGUUGUAUACGCUGUCAGAGGAAUGGCCCGUGUAUAACCACCCUGAAGGUGGCACCAUUAAGAUUACACCUUGGGGCUCAUUGCGCCAAUGUGUGGAUGCUCAGACCGGUGAGACCAUCACCAAGUUUGAGGACGCCUCAUUUUCUGACCUCACAUUCCCAGCGGCCAAUGUGGGGGCCUUUGGUAGACAAAAUUGGCAAAGUGGACAAAAUAUCGCUGGUGCGCAAGGAAGCCCAUACUACGAAUUACCCUCGACACCUAUGUCGUUGAACAUGUCGGGUUCAUCUAGAUCUUCGCCUGUUCCCGACAAGGUGUCGUUCAGUCCGAGCUGUGAGGCCGAGCUGUACGUGGUGGACGGGUAUAGAUAUUCCGGGUUCAAUGGUGCUGCUGGACAGGCUGUUGGACAACAGUUUAGCCAGGAGCAAGAGAACUUUUUCGGCAUGGAGGAACAGGAGGAAUUCUCCGACAACAACGACUCGAUGAUGUUGUAA